GUCUCAACAAAGUGUCUUCUCUUUUCAUUUCACUACUCCUAUAUUCGCCAUAUGCUUUGGAACCUUUACAAAGUUCCUUCCACAUUUUUAAAUAUUUGCCAUGCCAUCCCACUCCUCUUUACUGCUGCACACUGCGAUUACAGCUGCUCGGUGAGGCCUCUUGUACAGUGAAAUCCCACUCGUUCUCGAGAGCUCUCUGCUUCAGCUUCUCUUGCUUUAUAAGCACCAUCGCAUUUCAGGUUAAUUUUAUCAGUUGAUUGUAGUCACUCCCAUUACUCAUGAAAAACAUCAUUGGUCAUUUCUUCAAGUCUUCACUGACCAAAUCAACUUGUUUUCACCAUCCUUAUACUCAAAAUAUGAAACAUUCUGGUCUUGAAAAACAUCAUUGGUGGACUAAGUUAGCUCGCUUUUAUCACUCUUGUCAUGGUUUCGUGUCAUCAGCCUUCCGCGUACUGAUCUUUCAAAUAAAUCCAUUUUGGAUCCAGCUCAAUUACUUCAUCAUCUUGUCUUUGUUUGGAUUCUUGGCUUUGGAGGUCUCGAAGCCGAGAACCGCCACGUCUAGGCCCAAGGGUUUGGAUGUGUUCUUCACCUCUGUCUCUGCAGCCACAGUCUCGAGCAUGUCAACGGUUGAAAUGGAGGUUUUCUCCAAUACCCAACUCGUGAUUUUAACAAUCUUGAUGUUAUUGGGUGGGGAGGUUUUCACUUCCAUGCUUGGACUUCACUUCAUGAGGACCAAGUUCAACAAAAAAGAAAAUACACAAAACAACAGAGUCGACACCCUUGUCAAUCACUCUGAUUCUUCAAACUCUCCCACUUGUGUCGAUCGAAUCGAGUCCGGGUUGGCUAAUCAUCCCCAAUUUGAUGGUGAAAAACAAAACACCAAGUAUAACUCUAUCAAGUGUUUGGGUUAUGUGGUGUUGUGUUACCUCCUAGUGGUUCAUAUAAGUGGUUCUACUUUAAUCUCUCUCUAUACAAGCCUUGUCCCAAGUGCAAGGCAAGUGCUAAAAAACAAAGGUCUUCACAUACUUACAUUCUCAGUCUUCACAACAGUCUCUACAUUUGCAAACUGUGGAUUUGUGCCCACAAAUGAAAACAUGAUUGUUUUUAAAAACAAUUCGGGUCUUCUCUUAAUUCUCAUUACUCAAAUCCUUCUCGGGAACACUUUAUAUCCAACUUGCCUGAGAUUUGUGAUAUGGGUUUUGGAGAGAAUUACAAGGAGAGAAGAGUUUGGUUAUGUGUUGAAAAAUUAUAGGAGUUUGGGAUAUGGUCACUUGUUUUCUUGGAUGCGUUGUUGUUUCUUGGGUGUCACUGUUUUUGGGUUGGUGUUGGUACAGUUCAUAUUGUUUUGCUCCAUGGAGUGGAACUCAGAAGCUAUGGAGGGUCUGAGUUCUUAUCAGAAGAUAGUGGGCUCGUUGUUUGUGGUUAUGAAUUCAAGGCAUUCUGGUGAAUCUGUUGUUGAUAUCUCAUCUCUCUCUCCAGCAAUCUUGGUGGUGUUCGUGGUCAUGAUGUAUCUUCCACCGUAUACUUCAUUUUUACCAAUCAAGGACGGUGAAGAGGAACAAAGAAAUGAAAAAGGCAGCAUAAAGCAAAGCAAGAAGCUUGUAGACAACUUACUAUUCUCACAACUCUCUUAUUUGGCCAUCUUCAUCGUUCUCAUUUGUAUCACUGAAAGCGAGAAGCUCAAGGAAGACCCCCUCAACUUUAAUUUGUUGAGCAUCACUAUAGAAGUCAUUAGUGCAUAUGGAAAUGUUGGGUUCUCGACCGGCUACAGCUGUAAACGGCAACUCAAACCAGACAACUAUUGCAAAGAUGCAUGGUUUGGACUCGUCGGAAAAUGGAGUAACAAGGGAAAACUGAUCCUCAUCUUGGUCAUGUUCUUUGGACGGCUGAAGAAAUUCAACAUGAAUGGUGGCAGAGCUUGGAUUUUAUCCUAACAAAAGUAUUAAUUAAUGUGUUGUACAGGUGCAUGCAAGUACUAAGUUGUAGGCCUUUGUGUACGUACCAUAUUGUAUUUUUCUUCUACUUUUUCUUAAUUUCUUGGAAUGGGGAAUGGGAUAUAUAGUACGUGGUGGUUAGGGUUUAGAGAGGUUAGUCUAUGAAAAUAGUGUUCCAAGUUUGAAGCAUAUGGAUGGAGAAAUUAUUGAGUGUAAUAUACAUAAAGUUUGCUAUGUGUACCAUAAAGUUUGAUUAUCAAUCUCUCAAACUA